AUGAGUGCCAAUGGGUUGCUGCGCAAAGACCAGCUCGAGCUCAGUCUCCACGACGAGAAGAAGUUGAUUGAGGAGGGCAUCCUCAAGGAAGACAACCCUCUCGAUUUCAGCGUCAAUUUCCAGAGACUAUGCGACGCUUGCAGAAGAGGCGACCUCAAACUCUGCCAGGAGAUGAUUCAGGAAGGGGCAAACAUUAAUGCAAAAGAUCAAUACGACUAUACCCCUUUGAUUCUGGCUAGCCUGUGUGGGCAUUAUGAAGUUGUACAGUUAUUGUUAGAAUCCGGCGCAUUGUGCGAACGAGAUACUUUUCAGGGCGAGAGAUGUCUAUAUAAUGCUUUGAACGACCGGAUACGAAAUCUCUUAUUACAAUACGACUAUUCCAAGUCGACUGAUCCUUUACAGCCGUUAGCGUCACAUCUGGUAUCAUUGCUCACCAGGGACCAUCCCAAGACUCAUGACAUUACCGUCGUCACCCCCAGCGAAUCUUUCCGUCUGCAUAAAUUUAUCCUGUCAGCUCGAUCCCCUUACUUCCAGAGCAAACUCAGCCAAUCUCCAGACACCAAACUCUGGAAACCGGCCCCCACCAUCCCUCCACAGUCAUUUGCCAUUGCCCUGAAACAUCUGUAUCUCGGGGAAGUGCCCAGAGAUCUCGGCGGAGGCCCAGGUACCGGGUUCACAGAUUCCGAAAUUUUGGCCGGUGUUGACCGGAUAAGCAAACACCUAGAAAUCCACAAUCUUUCACAGUUAAUCCUGGACAGCAAUGACCGCCGCUUAGCACGACAGCGGCGCCAGGACGAAGUCCAAAGGGGUCGUGACCAACUGGAGCAAUGGUUCCGCGAGAAUGUCUUGAAACAUGCAAUCGAGGUUGAGACUUCACGAGCCGACGACGUCAAAUGGGAUCGUGACAAUGGCAUCUUCGCAGACGUGCUUCUCCGCGCCGACGAGGACGAAGACGAAGAGGAGAUGGGUUCAGACCGGCAACAACUGCAACUAUCUCGAUCCGCCACGAAUGCGCUGGGCAUUCCCCUGGACCAAAAGUCCAAUACAUCGCGCUCCCCUUCCCGCUCCAGGAAACCACGCAAAUCAAAAAUCUACCCUUGCCACAAAGCCAUGCUCAUCCGCUCCGAAUUCUUCACGACCAUGUUUGAAUCCUCUUUCCGCGAAGCCCAGGAUACGCCGCACCUGCAGAUUGUGCCUAUCGACUGCAGCCCUGAGGUCCUGGAAAUCAUCCUGACUUUUUUGUACGCCGAGAGGGCCGAUUUCGGGCUGGAAAUUGCUGUGGAUGUCCUCUUUGCCGCAGACAUGCUGUUUUUGGAGAAAGUCAAGGCGAAAGCGGCCCUCGUGAUCUCUUCGCUCGGCAGUGGAAAUGCCAUGGCGAUGCCGAACGCCACCAUCUCCCCCGAGAUCGCGACGACCGAGACGAACGGCACAACAAACGGAGCCCACCACCACCCUGAAGCAGGCGAGGAGGACCUGGACAUCUACGAAAUCCUGCGCGCCGCCUGGCUCACCCGCGUCCAACGCCUCGAGGAGUUUGCGGCGCGCUACAUCGCCUACCGCCUCGAGUCUUACAUCGACGACCCGGACUUUGCAGAGCUGGUGAAAGAGUCUGCUAGUAGGAUCAGCGCGAGGCAGGAAACGGAUUCGAUUGAACUGUUGGAUGAUAUUCGGUACUACUUGAGCGAGCGAUUCCGGUUGAGGUUCGAGGACUCGGGUCUAGAGGACGUCAUGGACGAGGAGCAGGCCAUCAUGGCCGAGUCGCUCUCGCAGUCACAGGGACAACAAGCGAACGGAGCUACCGGCGACUCAACAACAGCAACAACAACAGCAGCAGCAGCACCUACCUCACUCCCACAAUGGGGUUCCGAAUCGCAACCACCCGACACACUCGCGGCGGACUCGCAGCAGAAGGGAGGAUCACCACAGAUUCCCGACGACGAAGGCGUAGACAUGUCAAUGCCCACACCGGCUCCCGCCGCCGGCGAAGGUUCAGCAUCGUCCCCCGAACCGAACCCUGACUCUGUUGAGGCGCUCCUACAAUCCGGCGCCGUGCGCACCCUCGACGGCGAGCUCGCGGGCGACGAAUUCGCCGCCGACGCCGUCAACUACCAGAUCCUGCUGGGCAAGAUCGACACCCUGCUCGAGCAGUUGAAGUUGGAUGCCUAA